AUGACCGACGCUUACCGCCAGCCCGAGGCCAAGACCUUCUCGGACGCCCUCCAGCAGAAGGUGGAUGCUCUCGUCAAGGACUUCCGCAAGGCCGAUGUCGAGCUCAUCAAGCACGAACUCAAGCUCAACGCUCCUCUCUACAAGAAGCGCGCCGACAUCGUCUCGUCGGUCAAGGACUUCUGGUUCCAGGCUCUGAUCAACUGCAUGGCUACCAACGUCUACAUCGACGAUGCCGACCACGACGCGCUCUCGUACCUCUCCAACGUCGAGGUCGACCGCAACAUUGACGACCCGCGUGCUGCCACCAUCACCUUCAGCUUCCGCGAGAACCCAUACUUCUCCAACGACAAGCUCGUCAAGGAGUUCUCGCUCGUCGACGGCGCCAAGUCGCUCGAGGACGAGUUUAACUUUUUGGAAGAGACCAAGCCCGAAAAGACCCAGAUCGACUGGAAGUCGGACGACAAGAACCUCGUCAAGCUCAAGCCCACCAUCGGCGGUCCCGACAGCGACGACUUUGAACCCGGCUCCUUCUUCUCCACCUUCUUCGAGAACACCGACCCCGAGGUGGCCGGUGGCAUCGGGCACGCGUUGAUCAUGGACUUCUGGCCAGGAGCUAUCGACUUCUACACUGGCGCUGACGACCUCGACUUUGACGAGGACGACUUUGACAGCGAAGACGAGGACGACGAGGAUGAGGACGAUGAUGACGACGCCGAGAUUGACCUGGAGGACGAUGAGCCCCCGAAGAAGAAGUCCAAGGGUGACGCGUAA